AUGCCUGUAGAUAAUGUAUACUGUAUAUCAUUUAAUGGAAAACAAGAUACAUUUGCAAUAGGAAGUGAUAGUGGAAUAAGAAUAAUUAAAGUUGUCCCAUUACAAGAAAUAAAAAAUUUUGGUGUUGAUGAAGUUGGCAGUGUUACAAUUGUUCGCCUUUUAAAUAAAACUAAUUUACUAGGUAUUGUAUCAGGUGGAAAAUUUCCUAAAUUUGCCGGAAAUGCUGCAUUAAUAUUUGAUGCAUUUAAUAGAAAAUUUGUUGUUGAAAUUACAGUAAAUUCUCUUGUUACAAACUUUGCUUUUUCUUAUUCAAAAUUAAUUGUCGCACAAGCAAAACAUAUUACAGUUUUUUCUUUUCCCAAUAAUUUACAAAAAUUACGCUGUGAAGAGUUAGCUGAACAUUGUAAUGGUUUGUUUGCUUUUAAUGCUGACCCAAAAGCAGAAUAUCUUGUUUAUCCAGGAAGAACUAUUGGUUCUGUACAUAUCGUAAAUUUACUAACAACAAAUCAAACUUCUUGCCCAGCUCCAUUAAUUAUCAAUGCACAUAAAAAUAGAAUUGCAAGAGUAGCUAUUAAUAAUUUAGGUACAAUGAUAGCAACAGGUUCAACUCAAGGAACAUUAAUUCAUAUUUAUAACGCUAAGAAUGGUGAAAAAUUAUUUGAAUUACGUCGUGGUAUGGAUACAGUUAGUUUACGUUGUCUUAGAUUUUCACCAUGUUCCAAUUACUUGUUAGCAUCUUCAAAUAAGGGUACUAUACAUAUUUUUAGUGUAACAACAAAACGAAAUGAGUCACAUAAAUCACUAGCUGACUUAUUAAAUAAAGAUGAAAGAAGAAGUAUAUCUAGGAUUACUUUAAAAAAAGGUGAAGAGGAUUCAGAAUGUGUUUUUAUUAAUAAUUGUAUGCCAAGCGCAAGUCACAAAAGUAACAUUUUAAAUAAUUGUAAUGAUGAUAUUAUUUCUGUAAGUACCAAACCUUGUUUAACUCAUUUUUCUGGAACAAAUGGAGAAAUAAAGGAUUAUGUUGAUUUAUCAGAGUUGGGCGAUAAUCAUGAUUUUUGGACAACUCCAAUUUAA